AUGGAUGCGCCGGACGCACCACAUACGCCCAAAUACAUGGACGGUGGCAGCACCGCCGUCAGCGCCAGCAUCACGCCUGGCGUCAACAUACCCGGCAAAUCGGCCUUUGUGGAGCUGCAACAACAUGCCGCCGCCGGAUAUGGCGGCAUUCGCAGCACCUAUCAGCAUUUUGGUCCACAAGGCGGUCAGGAUUCGGGCUUCCCGAGUCCUCGCAGCGCCUUAGGCUAUCCAUUCCCGCCCAUGCAUCAGAACUCCUACUCUGGCUAUCAUUUAGGAAGCUACGCGCCGCCCUGUGCGAGUCCCCCCAAGGAUGACUUUUCAAUCUCAGACAAAUGCGAGGACUCCGGCCUACGCGUCAAUGGCAAGGGCAAGAAAAUGCGCAAGCCACGCACCAUUUACAGUUCACUGCAGCUCCAGCAACUGAAUCGCCGUUUCCAACGUACCCAAUAUCUGGCACUGCCCGAACGUGCCGAGCUGGCAGCGAGUUUGGGCCUAACGCAAACGCAGGUAAAAAUCUGGUUCCAGAAUCGUCGUUCCAAGUACAAAAAGAUGAUGAAAGCAGCUCAGGGACCGGGCACCAACAGCGGCAUGCCACUGGGCGGAGGAGGACCCAAUCCUGGUCAGCAUAGUCCUAAUCAAAUGCACAGCGGCGGUAAUAACGGCGGUGGCUCAAAUAGCGGUUCACCCUCACAUUAUCUACCUCCCGGACAUAGUCCAACGCCAUCAAGUACGCCUGUGUCUGAGUUAUCACCCGAAUUCCCACCCACGGGUCUUAGUCCGCCAACGCAAGCGCCAUGGGAUCAGAAACCGCAUUGGAUUGAUCAUAAGCCACCACCGCAAAUGACACCACAGCCACCUCAUCCAGCGGCGCCACAUCCGCAAUCGCAUCAUCAUAAUCCGCCACCUCAAAUGGGCGGUUAUGUGCCGCAGUAUUGGUAUCAGCCCGAGACGAAUCCAUCAUUACUAACCGUGUGGCCGGCGGUUUAACAUCACCCCAAUCCGCUGCCCCCGCCGUCCGCUCCAUGGGCACAGUCCAUGCAAUCCCAAUCCUACGAGGCAAGGCCCUGUGCCGAACUGAAUCUGCACGAGAAUCAUCAACAUCAUCAUCAUCUCCACCACCACCAUCAUCCUCACAAUGGUGCGGUUUAUGUUGGCGAUGGUGAUGGGGCCGCGACGGGGCAGUGAAUGUGACAAACACACACACACACACACAGACAGACAGACAGAAUAUA